AUGGGGAAAUCCAGCGUGACACUGGCUGGCAGCAUAGCUGACCCCCUGAGACCUCGUCGGGAGAAGGCUGGGAGACAGAAGAGAGCAGGGACCCCAGAGCCCUGGGCCCCAACAGGGAGACCAGCAGGGCACCCUCCAGUGGAAGGCAGCUAUGAUUUGGUGGUACCUCUCAGGGCCCCUUGCAGGACGUCUGGCCUGGGGCUGGAAGAUGAGGUCGGCUAUAAGUCCCGGGCCACCGUAGCUGUGGAAGGGACAUCUGCAGGACAGAACUGGUGGGUCACGGCCUGUGGCUACAAGGGUUAUCAUUCCCCAGGAGACCUGCGGGACCGGGAAGAAAGCAAGCCAGGAGAAAGGUGUCCUAUCACAUCGUGGUGGGACAUCCGCACCUGGGCCGUCUGUGCAGGAGAAGACUCAGGACGCUUCUCUGCUGACCCCACUUUCCCACGUGGAGUGGAGGGCCUGGGUUUCCAGUCACUGCAGACACAGCAAGGGCUGAGCAGUACUACCCCGGCCCGAGGUGAAGGGUUUGGAGCCAAGCUGCAGUCCUCGGGCGGCAGAGGGCUGUCCGAGGAUGGCAUCGCUGGGGAUGCAUUCGAGAAGGUUGACCACUUCCCUCUUCUUGAGACAUUCUUCUGGGUUGGCUUUCAAGGUGGUGUCCAUGCAGGAUGUUUCCCAGGGUCCUUAUGGGAGCCGCUUCUGAACUCCUCGAUUCCAUCUUCCACUGAACAGCACUACCAUCUUCCAACUGUCAAGAACAGGCUGAUACAACACAGGGAAAACAGUGAUGGAGAGUUCACUUUCGCCGCUGACGAGAGGGAACAUUUCCUGCCAGCGCCUGCAUUAAUAACACCGUGUAUCCCCAGGGAGAUUAGGAGCCUCUCUGUGUUCAGAGUCCCCUCGCUCAUCAAAGGCCGAGGGCGGGGGGAGGGGACCGGCAGGAUUUACACGGAUGAGGAGACAGGACCGGAACCGUGGGCACCAUAUGUCCCCACUUGCCCAGUGCAUGAACUGCAGACUCAGGCCCUCCUGGGAGGCUUCUCUUCAGGACUCUCUUCCUCCACUGGGCUGGGUGGCUGCCAGCCCAUCAAGGUGGCUGAAUGGUUACCCUUCAGGAACCAAAGCCCGUGUCAAAUUUUGUGUGGCACUUAUCCCACAAGGGGGGUCCACCCCGCUCUGCCUAGCAGACAGUAUAAUGCACCAGAUUUAGCUUUCUUUGUCACCCGGGGUCACGUUCAAGGUUAACAAUUACCACGCCUCAUUGAAGCACAGCGGGAUAUUUACACUGGAGAGAACAUGAGACCCUAUAUCAAG